UGCAGGGUCCAGGACUCUGUCUGCUAUGUGGAAAGUGCUAGCAGCUACAGACAAUGCGGUGAGGCCAGCACCAGCACAGUGAGGGAAAGGGAUUGCCUCGCCUCAUAGAGACUGCUCUCUCUCCCUCUCUCUCUCUCUAUCGCUCUUUUUUUUUUUUUUUUUUUGGGGGUGGCCGCGGGGGGCUACAGAAUGGGCUCAGGAAAGAAAAUCAAGUUGGCCCUGUGUGAAGUCCUGCAGUUUGCCGGCCUCUGCGUGCCCGUCUUCAUCGUCAUGCAGAGGUUCGCCUCCAUCAUCCACCGAAUCAAGAGCCAGGCGCAGCCCCCCGGCGAUGCCAACACAGCUUACUGGCUGAUCGUGGCCUCCUCUAUUGCCUAUGUGACCUCUGUGGCCCUGCUGGUUUGGGUACCCAUGAAGUACAUGGUCUUCAAAAAGAGGAAGUUCUUCGUAGGGAGGAAGAAGUGGAGGCCAGUGACCCUGGCCUAUGUCAUCCUUUCAACAUUGCCCUGCUUCGCCUUUCUGAUUGCCAGCUCUGAGGUGCAGAUCAGUAACAGCAUGACAUAUGACACGUUCACUGAGCUUCCUGUGUCACUGGUCCUGUUCUCACUGAUCUGCGUUGACAUCAUCGAAAGGAUCCGGCACUGUCGCCUCACUGGACAAGCUAACGAACUUGAGAGAGAUGUCGACAUCCCCUCCUCUGUCUUAACGCACGUGGAGCAAUUGACACCGGUGAUGACUGUAGCGGGCCAGCUGAACACCAACAGGGAGCACAACGGUGCCAACCCCAGGCCCGAGGCCAAUGGCUCCAUGCCGGGUCUUCCGGGCACCCAGGAUAGACGGGGCAUCUCGGGGGUGAGCUCCCACACAGCCAGCACGGCCUACCACCUGUCCCCAUACGCGUACUCUGGGCCUCUCCGGUUCCUGUGCGCUAGCGAUGUGAGGGCCGAGAUCUUCGUGGAGAGCUUCAUCUUCUGGUUCGACACGGUGGAGAUGGUGAGGGUUGCGGGACACCCCUCGGUCUACUACUCCGGGUGGGUGUUUCCCAUAUACAUAUUCAGCUACCUGUCUGUUCUGCGGCUCAUCCUCACGCCCCGGAGCCCCCUGCUCUCCUCCUUAGGGGUGGCCCUGCAAGAUCUCCCCUUCCUCUUUGUUCGGAUCGCCCUGAUCGCCAUUUUCGGCUUUGUGACGCCACUGCUGUACCUGAUGAAAAACCUGCUGGUCUCCUUGGCGUUCAUAUACUUCAACUUCAUGACCAAGCUUAGAAUCUUUAACACGCAGAGGAUGUUCUGAAGAGUGACGGAAGAUUCCAGUUUCUACCCGAAUGAGAAACUGGAAGAGCUCAAGAGAGAGGUUCUCCAAUGAUAAAAGGGAACAUGUUGGCAGAGUGUUCCAGAAGGGAUACAGAGGCAGUGUUGAGGGACUAGAUUUUUUCUCAGUGUCACCUCACGUCCUCAUCGGUACCUCCGUCAUCUCCAGUGUGUGCAUUGGAGGUCAUGUGAUCGCCCCCGUGUGUGUGUGUGUCAGUCAGCACAGUGUGUCUGCCUAUGAACGAGAUAACUGGAAAAAAGUUAUGGAUGCAAUUGUUGAAAUGAUUGCAGAUGGGAAAAAAGCUUUCUGUUUGGUCCAAGUUGUUUUUAUUUCCCCCAAAUCAUAGUACAUGGACAUGGGAAAGUGCCUCUAAUGUCAGUUUCUACUAAUUUUCUAACAGGACAUGGUUUCUCCAUUACCAAAAAAGUGCAGUGAAGGUAUAUGAAUAUAAGUCAAUGUUAUUAUUCAUCCCAGGUUUAUAUUUGCAAAUUAUAUGAAAAUAUAGGUUGGGUUUAGACCACUUGUACAUACUUUGUCUGUAAAAUAAAAUU